UUCUCCAUUUUUCCACCUAGUAUUGGAGAGACCUAGCAGGGAGUUGAAAUCCCAUCCCAUCCCAGCAGUAACUGGAAAGAAAUAAGCAGAGCUUCAGGGAACUGUGGGAAAAUUUUAAAAAGGACAGAAUUUUUACAUCUUUGAAGUCUAAGAAAAAAAGAAGACUAAGGCUGAAAAUGUACUCAAAGAAAUAAUGGCUGAAAGCUUCCCCAAAGUUAAAACGUUGACGUUAGUAGACUGUGAUAAGUUGCUUAUGUAUAAUGUAAUAAUUUAGCAACCAUUAAAAAAUCUACAUGACAAAUACACUCAAAACCUGUAUCAGUAAACCAAGAUAGAAUUCUUUAAAAAGGUUCAAGUAAUACACAGCAAAGCAGGAAAAAUGAAGAAGAGGAAUGAAAAAAACAGAGGGAAUAAACAGAAAACAAAAACUAAAACAGCAAACAAGCCUUAACAUAUCAAAAAUGACAUUAAAGGUAAACAGCCUAAAUAAACCAAUUAAAAAACGGGAUUGGCAGUGGUUAAAAAAAAAGAAAACUUGACCCAAACAUUGCUGUCUACAAGAAAUCUACUUCAAACAUAAUGACAUAGGUAGGUUGAACAUAAAAGGAUGUUCAAAGAUACACUCUGCAAAAAGAACAAAAAGAUAAGGUAGACUUUAGAACAAAGAAAUUACCAGUCAGAGAAGGAAAGGGCCAAUUCCCCAAACCCAAAUGUGUAUGCAUCAAACAACAGAGAUGCAAAAUACAUGAAGCGGAAACUAACAGAAAGGAAAAGACAAAUGAAUCAAAUCCAUAAUUAUACUUAGAAACUUCAACAUCCCUUGCUCAGCAAUUGGUAGAACCAUUAGAAAAUCAUCGAGGAUGUAGAUGAACUGAAGAAUACUAUCAACCAACAUUUGCAAAACAUUCCACCCACCAAUAGCAGAACAUUCUUUUCAUAAAUAAACCUGAAAACACUUAAAAGAACCAAAACCAUACAAAAGUGUGCUCUCUGACCACAGUGAGACCAAACUAGAAAUCAAUGACAGAAAAACAAUAGGAAAAUCUCCAAACACUUGGAAAUUAAGCAACUCACAUAUACCAUGAGCCAAAGAAGUAGCAACAGAAAAUUUUAAAAAUACAUUUUAAUGAAAAUAUAUCAAAAUGUGUGGGAUGAAGCUAAAAGUAGUGUUGAGAGGGAAAUUUAUAGCACUAAAUAAUUACAUUAGAAAAGAUGAAAACUCUCAAAACAAAUAAUCUAAGCUCCUAUCCUACCUUAAAAAAUCAGAAAAACAAUAGCAAAAUACACUUUACGUAAACAGAUGGAAGGAAAUAAUGCUAAAAUGCAGAAAUGAUAAUGAUCAUAAUGAUUUUAUCAUUUUAUCCUAAUGAUAAAAGCAGAAAUCAAUGAAAUUGAAAACAGAAAAACCAUACAAAAAACAAACGAGACAAAAAGCUGGUUCUCUGAAAAAAAAAGCAAUAAACUGAUAAACCUCUAGAAAGACUGACAAAGACAAAAGAGUGAAGACAUGAUUUACCAAUAUCAGGAAUGAAAGAAGAGAUAUUGCCACAGAACUUAAAUACAUCAAAAGGAUAGGGAAUACUAUGAACAAUUCUGCACAGGUAGAUUUGAGAAUUUAGGUGAAGUGGAACAACUCCCUGAGAAGCACAACAUACCACAACUCAUCCAAUAUGAAAUAAAUAAUUUGAGUCGUUCUAUAUCUAUUAAGGAAAUUAAACUCUUGUUUCCAAAAACUGAAAGAGAAAAUCUCCAUGUCCAGAUAGUUUCACUUGGGAAUUAUACCAAGCCAUUUAAAGAUUUAACACCAGUUCUACACAAUCUCUUUCAGAUAAAAGGAGGGAAUUCCAACUCAUUUUAUGAGGCCAGUAUUAUCCUGAGACCAAAAUCAGACAAAGCCAGUGGAAAAAGAGAAAACUACAGUCCAAUAUCUCUCAUGAACAAAAAUAAUCUAUCCCUCAUAGAUAACAAAAAUCCUCAACAAAAUAUUAACAACUAGAAUCUAGCAAUGUAUAAAAAUAAUUAUGUGCAAUAAAGCACAACUAAGUGAGGUUUAUUCUAGGGAUACAGGCUGAUUCAAUAUUUGAAAAUCAAUCUAAUCCAAUUAUCACAAGUUAAAAAGGAAAAACUACAUGAUCAUAUCCAAUGAUACAGAAAAAGCAUUUUACUAAAUUCAACAUCCAUUCAUGAUAAAACUCUCAGGAAACUAGGAACACAAGGUAACAUCAUUGACCUAGUAAAGAACAGCCAUUUUUAAAAAACUAGAGAUAAUAUCAUACUUAAGGUUGAAAGACUGAAAGCUUUCAGAAUCAAGGCAAAGAAGUCUGCUGUCAGCACUGCUAUUCAACAGAGUAGUGGGUGUUUUAACCAUCCCAAUAGGGCAAAAUAAAAUGAAAUAAAAGGACUAAAGAUUGGAAAGGAUGAAAUAAGACUGUCCUUACUUAAAAUGACAUGAUUGUAUAUGUAGAAACUCUCAAGGAAUCAACACACACAGAAAACUAUUGAUACUGCACACAACAAACUGGAUGAAUCUGAAGGGAAUUGUGUUGAGUAAAAAAAGUCAUUCUCAGGAAGUCCUACUGUAUGAUUCCAUUUAUAUAAUAUUCUAAAUGAUAAAAUUAUAGAGAUGGAGAACAGGUAAGUGGUUGCCAAGAUUUAGAGAUGUGGGAGGAGAGAUGAUUGUGACUAUAAAGGGGCAGCAGGAAGGAUUUUUGUGGUUACAGAACAGUUCUACAUCUUUAUUAUGAUGGUGGUUGCACAAAUCUAUGCACAUGUCUCUAAACAAAUGGCCACAGGCCUCAACAAUAAAAAAUAAAAAAAAAAAAAAAACAGAAAAACCUGAGAAAAUGGGAGAAUCUGAUUUUCAGAGUUACCACAUUAUGUUUAAAUGUCUAGUUUUCAAUGUAUUUCCUUGCUGUCAUCUGGGAGGGCCUAGAAACAAUGACACUCCAAUAGUAAUGAGCACAUCUAGUAUGAGGCAGGUGAUAGAGGGAGGGCAAGCAUUGUUCAGGAUCCCUGUAAAUUUCAAGAAGUUUCAAGGCCCUUUUAAGUUUCAAGCCCUUGUAUGUUGCAAAAAGCUCCAAUCCAACUCAGCCCUUCAAAAGUGCACUUAAUUAUAUAUACCUCAGCUCUGACCGGUUACGCCCUUAGCAAAUGAAGCAUUGUACUUUCAGCCAAUCAGGAGUAAGUUGCAUUCAGUUCUCCAUUAGGUCAGGGAGAGGAAAUGCCUCCUCUCACGAGGCAGUAUAAACCCCAGACACCACAAACCUGAAGGCAUCCUUCUCUGGAACUCCUGAGUAGCGGGAACUUCCUCUUCUCACCCGUUGAAAGAGCUUUGUGGUUGCUCCAUGCUCUUGUCUGCUGGCUUCAUUCUUCAUUGCCUCUGAGACAGUAUCCUGGGGAAAAACUGCGUUCCGGCAGGUAACAGUAUGAUGAUUAAAGUUCAUUUAGUUAUUAGCUACAAUCAUAAGGUAGGGAGAUGUCAGUUUGGUUACUUUGAACCAGGCAGUUGCUUGCCAUAGAUACGUCAGAACCUUGACAGCCACUAUUCGAAUGUUGCCACAGGCUCAUAUGUGGGCAACUGAGGCUCUGUUAAUCUGGCAACAAAGCUUGAAAGCUCAAUAUGCCUUCCUAUUACUCUACACAUCCUGUGUAUCUCAUCCAAAACAAACCAACUUCUAAUCAGAUAAAUAUUUAACCACCUCAAGGUAAGCAAAAUAUAUUAUUAUCUCCCUUCUACAGAUAAGAAAUCUGAAAAUGGUAGGUUGCAUUUAGUUGUUUUCAUCCCAGGGUACUCAGGGGAGGCACUAGAAAUCAAAGAAAGGACUGGUAAUCCUUAGUCAAUCAUUUUCCUCCUCGGUUAUCCUACUUCUCCUUCCUUAGGAUAAGUUCUUAAGCAAGAAUUGAUAUGAUGGCAGUUUGACCUUUCUUGGUGAUAUUAGCAAAUACAGCCAGCCUGAGAUCAAUCAGGAAUCUCUUCCAAUUAUCAGGAAAUAGAUAUGAAGCCACUGCUGGCCUCAUCCCAAAGGGAGAUGGCUGUCAUGGGACCCAGAUCAGGCUCUGGUGUUUCAGGCUCCAGGUCUUAUCAGCAAAGCUGGAGUAAGGCUGGUUUUGAUCCCAGGCCAUAUAUAAGGUUUCCCUUUCAACUGGCAUAAGCCAGAGACAUUCUCCAGGACAUCCGUAUGGGAAGUCGAACGAUUUCAUAUGGAAUGAACUGUGCUCUAAGAAAUGCUAUGAAAUGUGAGUCUCUAUUUGGGAACAGCAGUUCUCCAGAACAGUCGGUGACCCUCAGAACCCUGCUAAAUUAUUCAGUGAUAAGCUGGCACAUACACUGGUGUUCACCAGAUAGCUAAGCAAAGCCCAACUGAACUGUCAGCUGAAGUACUUAUACUAACCCAACCAGAACUUUCCCCAUCUCUGGGUUCCAACAUAAUUAGUCAUUAGGAAGAUGUAAAUGAAAACCACAGUUAGAUACCACUUCACGUCUAAUAGGACAGUUAUAAAUGAAAAGACAAUGACGAGUGUUAGCAAGGAUGUGGAGAAAUUGGAGCCCUACUGCAACACUGGUAGGAAUGCAAAAUGUUGCAGCCACUUUGGAAACAGGCUGGCGGUUCCUCAAAAGGUUAGACAUAGACUUAUCAUAUUCCACUCGUAGGUAUAUACCCAAGAGAACUGAAAACAGAUAUCUGCACACAAAGUUGUACACAGAUGUUUAUAGUAGCAUUAUUCAUAAGAGCCAAAAUGUAAAAAUAAUCCAAAUGUCCAUCAACUGAUGAAUGGAUAAACAAAAUGUAUAUACAUACCAAGGAGAAUUAUUCAGCCAUAAAAAGGAAUGAAGUACUAAUAGACGCUACAGCAUGGAUGAACCUUGAAGUGAUUGUCUAAAUUAACCUUUUCAGUUAAGUGAUGACUUUCAAAUACAGGUGCACUUGGAAACCACUUGGGGAGCUUAUGCAGCUCCCUGGAAUCUUUGUGAGUGGAGCAGCUGAACUGAUGUCUGAAAUCUAUUAAACCAGUUGAUUUCUAAGGCCCCUUACAGAUCUAGAAAUUGUAUUAAAUCUAUGGCAGUGGGUCACCGAUAUUUUUGAAGCAGUAGUGAGAGAGCCAAGCCCAGUGGAUAGCUGUUACUCAGAACAGGUCUCCCAAUAGGUCCUUCUUGAAAUCUCAGCUGGUUCCUCCGUAAGGCAUGACUGCCCUCCAAGGUUGAAUGAAGACAACUCUUGCUAAUAGAGAGGAACUCUUGCUGCAGAGCUAGGACACACCUGAUGCCAUCAUGCCUGUGUAGGCUGCUUUAAAAAGAAAUCACCCCAUUUUCAGGAACCUGCUGCUGGAGUUGAGAAUAACCAGGCCCUCCCUCUAUGACAUUUACAGGCAAGGUUGGAUAGAAUGACGUAAUGGACUGCUGAUAGGCCCAGGCUUUCUGUUUAUCAGUACCUGUGGAGUCUUAAGCUGACUUAGUUAGGCUCAGUGUUAAUAAUGGAGCUGAUUUUUUAUUUACUUGUUCCCCCUAAUAUUAAGGAACUAAGCUGAAUCAUGUUCCGGUUACUGACCUCCUGCUGGUCUCAGCUAAAGACCGAAAAGACACGAAGGAAUGUGACUGUCAUUAUCAUCGGAUUGGACAACUCGGGUAAAACUCUUCUUGUGGAGGUUUUCCGAAGAUUACUUCCCAGUAGGAUGGAUAAUUUUGUGGCACCUGAACUGACUACACUCCUGCUGGAUGAAUAUGAAGUUUCCAUCUAUGACCUGGACGGAGGCAUGCAAGGCCGGGAAAUCUGGUCCAACUACUAUGCACAGGCACACGGGCUUGUGUUUGUCCUGGAUUCCAGUGACUUUGGACGCAUGCAAGAAGCGAAGAUGAUCUUAACGUGUCUGCUGUCUGAUCAAAGAGUGGCAGGGAAACCCAUCCUAGUCCUGGCAAAUAAACAAGACAAGCAGUAUGCCCUCCUACCUAGAGAAAUUAUCAAAUGCCUACUCCUGGAAAGGCUGGUGAACGAGAGCAAGUCCUGCUGCCGAGUGGAACCCUGUUCAGCCAUCAAAGAAGCCCAAGGCAAGAACCAUCAGCCCAUAAUUAAAGGGCUGCGCUGGCUGUUAGCUGCCACUGGGGAUAAAUAUGGAGACCUGUGUACUCACCGACUGCCAUUCACCCUGGACAUCCCAACCUCCAAGGGCACCAGAGGCUCUCAGAGAAGAUGCUCAUCAGACAGGUACAUGUCCUUGCUCUGUGGUCCUUCUCAUUGUCCAAAGGCAUAUGGCAGGGAGGGGGGCAAGAGUGGCAUUCAAUUAAGACGCUUGAGGUGUUUUCACUUGUUUGUUCUUCCUAUCUUCCUUAGCUUCACUACCAGGAUGGGAAUGCCCAUAGAAAAAAGGCAGCAUCAAGGACAAUGCCCAAUGGAAGCUAGGCCCCUGAAGCCAGUCCUACUGGUAAAUGGUUCUUUAAAUGUUACUGCCCCAGAGACCACUCCCUGAACUCUCAGGCACCAGCUGACUUUUUUUCUCCAUCUUUUUGUUGUACAGAAAGAAGGUUUAAGAUUAAGGUCUAAAAGGAAUCUAUCAGUAACAUUUGCUUUAGAUGAACCCAUGGAGGAAGAUGAAUGUUCUGUGGGUAAUAUGGCUUGGAACACUAACGCUACUGAGCCUCACUGCAAUCCGAGUGAUGACUUGCAGACC